CUUGUGAUAAGGAGAGAUUCGCAGCGGCGGUGGUGAGCGGUCGCGAUUGCCGUGAAUGUCAAUCGAUAUAUACAAAACAUUGUCAUAUCUCAUGGAUUAACUUUAAACUCGAUUUUGCCAGUUGGUCCGAGUAAGAGUGUGAAAAGAGUGCGAGCAGCAACAGUUUGUCAACAUGAUGACACCCACCGACAAUGAAACGGCAGAAGCUGAGCAAAAAUUGACUGCCGAUUCAUCUGCCGUCCUCGAGGUCAGUUUAAUGUUGACGAUGAAACAACAGGAUGAAACCGCCUCCAACUGCAGCACUUCAGUCGAGGGAUCUGUGGUUGCUUCGCCGUCGAUAGAGAGUUUUUCGACUUUUCCAGAUCAAGACAUGUCUGAGUGCAAUACUGACCUAAGAGAUUUGCAGGUGAAAGUUGAUAAUCCGCAGAAGCACGUUGAAACUCUGGAGACUUACAUCACAUUUAGGAUUACCACUAAGUCAACAAGAUCAGAGUUUGAAGAAGGAGAGUAUGUUGUUCGAAGGAGAUACAAUGACUUUAUAUGGUUGAGGCAAAAACUGGUGGAAAGUUACCCUGCACAUAUUAUUCCACCUAUGCCUGGUAAACAUUCUCUUCUAGCUCAACUUGAUCGAUACUCCAAAGAAUUCAUUAUUGCCAGAAUGAAGUUAUUGCAUAUAUUCCUAAAUCGCAUUGCAAAUCAUCCGAUUCUUAGUUGUGAUAAAAGUUUACAAAUUUUUCUUACUGUCAAACCAACUGAAUUUUUAGUUCAUCGAAAAAAUCGUAGUUCUGUAAUGAACAAAGUGAGUGACUCUAUACCAAGUAUAACCUCCAGUGUAAAUUUAAAACAACGACAUUUAGAAUUCGAGCAAGCCCGAGAUUAUUGUACAUCUUUAAGUGAAAAAUUGAUUACUGUAGAUAAAAUAAGUCGACGUAUACAAAAAGAAAGACAAGAUUACUUAAUGGAAUUGAAUCAAUUUCAUCCAAUUUUCACACAAUGGGCAUCAACAGAGCCAGAAUUAGAGACAAUUUUGCAAGCCAUUGCAAGUGCCAUUGAAGGAAAUACCUCAGCUCAUCAAAAGCUGUUAGACUCAACUGUAAAUGAUGAAAGAGAAUACGUCGCCUACGUUGAUGCUGUGAAAGAUGCAUUAAAUCGACGAGAUGCCAUUCAGAUGGAUUAUGAAUUGACAGCCGAAGACCUGAAUAAAAGGAGAGCUGAAAGAGAGCAAAUCAUUGAAUCUAGUAACGGACCAGCACCUCGAUGGGAUAAUUCAUUUUGGAAAAGCGAAUCGAACACGGAAAAAUUAGAUAGAUUAUCUCAAACGAUACCUCGUAAGUCGAAAGCUGUUGAAGUAUUGCAAGACAGAUUAGAAUGCGCCAAUGAAAAUUUACGUAGUGACUUGGAACGAUGGAACGCUGAAAAACGAACUGACUUAAAGAAUUUACUCAUUGCUAUGGCUGAUCAACAAAUUGCUCAUUAUCAACAAUGUACAAAUGCCUGGGAAGAAGCAUUGUCUAUAGUAAAAACAAAUGGUAACAAUGAAACUGAUUCCGCAAGCACGGUAGCUAAAGUACUUGUUUAAGUAUUUGUUAAAUGUUUUUGUUUUACGCAAUACUUUGUUUAACGUUGAUGUUUUACAAGUGUAUGACAGCUGGUCUUUUGAUUGAUCAUUGUUUGUAAAAAAAUGUUAGAGAAGGCUAGCGGUCGUGCGAAAAAGAAUUACCAUGUAUUAUAGUAAAUGAAAACUCAGAACAGUCAUUAUAAAAGAAAAAUAUUUAUUUGAAAA